GGCAACACUGGUGACACUUGAAGCUGUGUUUUUACAUUGUUUACAUCUGUCAAAUAUUUAUGUUUACAUAUUUAUACUUUUGCUACACCGGACUCAAAAAUUUCUUACAUUAACAAAAUGACCAAUAAUCAUUUAAAUAAUUCCAAUUCCUCCAAUAUGGAUGAAGAUCCCGAUCCUGAAAACGUAAUAACAUCCAGGGAAUUCUUAUACAAAUUGAUUAUAAGCCAGCUAUUCUACGACGGACACCAAAGUAUAGGCACGACUCUACAACAGGCAGUUAUGGCGGAACCUAAUAACGCCCCCAGUGAUCGAUUAUUCCACCUAGUACUAACUGGUCUGGAACACGAACCCAGCGUUAAGGAUAGGCCCCGAAAUACUCCGGUGGGAAAUAACCACAUCGGACCGGGACUUGAUUUGGAGUUCGAAACAGAAUCAAAUGUACCCGCUCCAGAACCAGCUCUGUAUGAAACUGCUUAUGUAACCUCUCAUAAGGGAAAUUGCCGAGCGGGCUGUUUUUCGGCGGAUGGACAACUAAUUGCCACUGGGAGUGUGGACGCCAGUAUUAAAAUUCUCGAUGUAGAUAGGAUGUUGGCAAAAUCGGCACCAGACGAGAUGGAUCCUUCUAGAGGGGAACAGCAGGGGCAUCCUGUUAUCAGGACUCUGUAUGAUCACAUGGAGGAAGUCACGUGUUUAGAGUUUCACCCGAAAGAGACUGUUUUGUGUUCAGGAAGUAAGGAUAAUACCAUAAAAUUGUUUGAUAUUUCCAAGGCAAGCGUUAAGAAGGCUUUCAAGACAAUAACUGAAGCAGAACCGAUCCGAGCAAUAUCUUUCCAUCCAGGAGGAGACCAUCUGAUCGUCGCCACAGAUCACCCUGUCAUCCGCCUCUAUGACAUGAAUACCCUACAAUGUUUCGUGUGUCCGUUCCCCAAACAGCAACACACUCAGACAGUGACUUAUCUGAAGUGGUCUCGAGAUGCGAAGAUGUUCGCAACAUGUAGCAAAGACGGCAAUGUCAAACUUUGGGACGGGGUGUCCAACAGGUGCGUGAACACAUUAAUAAAGGCCCAUGACGGGUUGGAAGUGUGUUCCGUGCAGUUUUCGAAGAAUGGCAAGUACCUGCUCACUGCCGGAAAGAAUUCUAUAUGUAAGCUGUGGGAGCUGUCGACUAGUCGGUGUUUGAUUGCUUAUACAGGUGAGAUUUAUAAUAAUAUUAUUAAUAAUAUUUAUCAACAUCAUUACAACUUUCUAAAAUAGAGUAAUGGAUACAUU